CACGCGGUGAGGGCGUCAUCCGUGGGUUGAUGAAUCGCUCAGGCAUGGGCGAGACUGCCCCGGUCCGACUGUGGGCGUCGGCAGAAACAACUCAUUAUCAUCCUCUCCAGACUGUUAUUAAUACUGUGAUACUCGUUGUUGAGGUCCUGCCCCCGCCCGGCGCAUGCGCUCUUGAUAGGAGGAAAAGAGGUUUCUCCCUCCCGCGGCACCGUAUGAUGAUUUGCAACAACGGUCCCCAACCGCCGGGACCCAUCAGGAACCCGCCCGUCGUAUCCUCUUCUCAAGGAGCGAAACCUUGCUCGCCCUCCCCCGCAUGGGUACAUACAGGGGUUGAUCUGGGGUUUGGGGUAAAGGCCGAACAUUUUUGUUUGUUACGAGUCUUGAGCCCCAUUGUUUCUAUGACGGACACGGGGGAUCAAAAGGUCUUCGGCAGCCGUGGGGACAGGGGCAUCACCCACGCACGCAUGAUGCGCACCGAAGGAAUGAGUGAGUGGGUGGAGGAAGGCAUCGACUUGCAUUCCGAAUGGACCACGCCCGACUGCACGGUGACCUGACCUAUAUAUAAGUGACGGGGCCAUCCGAGCUAAGGUCGGUGAGUAGACCAGAUGUCUCUUAUUAGAGCAGCUCUGCAACCUUUGACGCCUUGAAAGGGGUUAUUGUGCUUGUGUAAUUCCCCCCUGGCCGUGAUAUCCCUCCGUUCCGGCCUGUCAAGAUGGUGCUCGCACCAAAGACAUACCAGUUCCUCGUGAGCGUCUUCGCUUCCGUCGGUUCUAUCCUAUACGGUUAUGAUCUCGGUGUCAUUGCCGAGGUCAUUGCCUGUCAACCUUUCAAAGAUGACUUCAACAAUCCAACCUCGGUCGAAAAUGGAGUCGUCGUAUCGCUUUUCACCGGAGGUGCCUUCUUUGGCGCCUUUUUCGCUGGACCUGCCGGUGACCAUCUGGGUCGGCGAUGGACCAUCUUCCUGGGAGCAAUAAUUUUCAUCAUCGGUGGCGUCUUCCAGACUGCUGCCCAGACCCUCCACUGGAUGUGGGCAGGCCGGGCUAUUGCUGGUCUGGGAGUUGGCUUCUUGGUGAUGAUCAUCCCCGUCUACCAGGGUGAAAUAGCCCAUCCAAGCAUCAGAGGACGGGUGACGGCCCUGCAGCAGUUCAUGCUGGGAAUCGGCUCGUUCGUCGCCGGAUGGCUCAGCUACGGCACAUACAGUAUCAAGAGCUCGGCAGCUUAUAGGAUCCCACUGGGUAUCCAAAUCCUGCCCGCCGUCGUCCUCGCCGCACUUAUCCUUUUCUUCCCCGAAAGUCCUCGUUGGCUCAUCGACCACGGCCGUGGGGAACUGGGCCUGCAUACACUUGCAAAACUGCACUCCAACGGCAACAUCGAGGACGCUUGGGUCAAGGCCGAGUUCUCCCAGAUCGAGGAGGCAAUCAGCUUCGACCGCGAGCACGAGGCCAAGAGCUACAUGGAGCUGAUCAGGACUCGAUCCUCCUUCCGCAGACUUCUCAUCGGAUGCUCUCUCCAGGGCGCUUGCCAGAUGACUGGUGUGUCAGCCAUCCAGUACUUCAGCGUCACCAUCUACGCACAGGUCGGCAUCAGCGGGCAGGACACGCUCAAGUACCAGGCCAUCAACAACAUCCUGGCCCUCCUGGCGCAGGCGUCGUGCGUGCUGUUCAUCGACCGGGUCGGGCGGCGCAGGCCGCUCAUCGGCGGCAACCUCUUCAACUCCGCCAUGUUCCUCGUCGCCACGGUGCUGAUCGCCAAGUUCCCGGGCGGCGAGGCCGGCUGGGGCUUCAUCGUGGUGACGUGGCUGUAUAACAUCUCCUUCUCGGCGACGUGCGGCCCGCUCAGCUGGAUCAUCCCCGCCGAGAUCUUCGACACCCACACACGGUCCAAGGGCGUCUCCAUCACGACCAUGGUCUCGUUCGCCUUCAACACCAUGAUCGCCCAGGUUACCGACCUCGCUAUCACCGAUGUUGGCUGGCGAUACUACCUGCUCUUCGUUAUCUGCAACUUCACAAACGCCCUCUGGUUCUGGCUCGUCCUGCCCGAGACCAAGAACCUGCCCCUCGAGGAGAUGAACUACCUCUUCACCAACGCACCCUGGAUCGUCCCCGGCACCGACAAGAGCGCCUACACGGCCAACCUGAACGCUGAUCUGGAGAGGCGCGCUGGUGAGAUCCAGGAGAAGACCAACGUCGAUGGGCACGACGAGCAUGUCGACGUGUGAAGGACCGGUAAGGUUCGCGUGAUAUGAACUUCCUAGGCAUACUGUUCGGAGUACUUGGAACGGCUUUUUAGAAAGCCAGGCAUCAUUCUUUUCAUGUGUGAGAGGAUGAGCCAUAAGAGUCCGGGGCGUGACUUGAGGAACGACAGAGCACUUAUACCCAAGUCGUGAUGAUUAUACAGCUUCUACUGCAUUAGAGAUAUACAUACAGC